AUGUCCGGCGAACCCCAACCAGCUAAAAAGCGCCCACGCCUCCCCUUCAAACCUCCCAGUCGUACGACCAGCUCCGCGCCAAAGCCCAAAGGAAAAGCGAAACAAACCACAAAAGCCUCCACGUCUACUACCGUGCCCAAAACAACAAAAAGCAAAUCCGCAAGUAUUGGGAAACGCCCCCGGCCCGAUUCUCCGGCAGCCAAUACCAAUGCCAACGCCGCCUCCGAAUCCGAAUCAGAGUACGACUCCAAUGGAUCGGGCCGCAGUCGUUCGCGCUCGCUCUCCCAGGAGCCCGACUAUAUCCUUGCUGAAAUCACAACUGGGAACCAAGCAGAGGACGUGACGUCCAGCGACCCAAAAAUACCUUCGAAGCUGCUCACACGCCUACUGCAUCAGAAUUUCCAGAAUGAGAAGACCAAGGUCGCGAAAGAUGCCAAUAGCGUUGUCGCUAAGUAUAUUGAUGUCUUUGUGAGAGAAGCCAUUGCCCGAGCUGCUUAUGAGAGGGCCGAGUCAGAUGGAAAUACCGGGGGCAGGGGUCUUGGGGACGGCUUCCUCGAGGUUGAAGAUCUGGAGAAAAUGGCGCCGCAGCUUACGAUGGAUUUCUAG